GAGCCACUCAGGCGUCCACCUCCCGCCGAGCCUUCGUCGCGUGAGGUUGAAGGCGCCGAUUUGUUGUCACCUCCUCAAGCAUGUUCACCUUUUCUGCUCACCCUUUUAGGCAUUGGCAAUGGAAUGGCCUAUUUGUGCUGCCUUUUGGCGAUUUCUACACACUUCGAGGAGAAGCGUCCGAUUGCGAUGGGCAUUACGGUAUGCGGCAGUGGGAUCGAACGUUCUGGUGCCAGGCCUCGACUGAAUGAGUCAACACGGGCAAUUGGCACCGAAGCUAUUGUUACCGGCAGCAGCCCUGUUCCCACCAGAUUUCGACUCAAGCACAGAUACCCGAAGAAUCACACCCUCAUUCAGUCCCUGUACUGUCCGCCAACCAAUCACAAUAUCCACUCCCUUAUUCCAAAACAGUUUGACUGUACAAAGCCAACCAGGAGACUGCCUCUUCACACUGAAAAGUAUGUUUUUGGUAGGAAUAGUUGGGGCGAAAUUGACCUCGAAUAA